GCAGAAGCACAGAUCUAUCGAUGUAUCAGAUUUCGCGAGGAGAAUAAGGGGCAAGGCUCAGAUAAAAGUCAUAUGAGAUUUAUGCUCCUGGGGCAGGUGAGGGCACACCAAGGGAGGGCAAAGGAGGCGGAGGAGAUACUUCGGAAUGUGCUGGAGGAUCUUGGGGGGUUAUUGGGUCCGAAUGAUUCGGACGCCUUGGAGUGCUUAUCCUACCUGGCAAGUGUGAUGAAUGAUCUCGGAAAGUACGAUGAGUCAGAGACCAUGAAUCGGCAUGCGCUCGAAGUGCGUGACAAGGCUCUCGGGAAUGACCACCCGGAUACCCUAACAAGCCUCAACAACCUGGCUUUUGUGCUGCAAUACCAAGGAAAGUACGGGGAAUCAGAGACGAUGCAUCGGUGUGCACUGGAGGGACGCGAGAAA